GAUGAAAUGGUUCUUACCGCAAAACUAACACAAUUAAGCGACACAAAACAAUAAGCUAGAUUCUAAGUAAUGUUAAGUACUAACACAGCUAAAGAAACUACAGCCUGCAAUCAACAACCACAGCAAGACGGAGGAAGCAAGCAAACAAAGACAAAAAGCAGCUUGUAAGGGCUGUCCCCUGUGACGUCCUCAUCGGUGCGGCAACCAAAGAGCUCCUGAGUGGCUGAUGUCAGGACCAGGGGGAAGAUAUCAUCAGGGUGACCUUGGGUUACAGGAGUGGGUGGAAACAGACAGACCCGAGAGCCAAUCAGGUCGCAGCAGUAAAAUGACGCUCUAAUGUCGUAAGUUCACCUGAGACAUCACGACACACACAGACCAAGACAUUUUGGACACAAAGCGCGCGACGACAACAGGUGUAUGCAACACGUUGAUUAACCAGGUGUGGGACUUUGAUAUGGAUGAGUCCAGUGACUUGUAUGACGGGUACGAGGAAAACGGCUCCCCUCCCUGGGCCGACAACCAACACCAGGUUCUGGAGGAGCUGGACAAUGUGGAGAGCCUCAGAAGGAAGAUCAAAUAUUACUUUAUGAACCCCUGUGAGAAGUACCACGCUCGCGGCCGAAAACCAUGGAAACUCAUACUGCAGAUCGUCAAAAUUGCCAUUAUUACUAUCCAGUUAGUGUCUUUUGGGCUGAGCAACCAAAUGGUUGUCAAAUUCAAGGAGGAAAAUCUGAUGGCAUUCAAGCACAUCUUCUUGAAAGAUUAUGUUGAUGGAGGCAUGAAUACGUAUGCUGUUUACAGACAGACUCAUGUUUAUGAUCACAUCGAUUACAUCAUUGAACAGUAUGGACAUCUGCACAACAUCACAGUAGGCAAUCACGAAUAUGAGAAAAAUGGUCCUUUCUACAACCCCAUGUUAGUGUGUCAGGAGUUCUACAGAAAUGGUACCAUCUACCCUGCAAAUGAGACCUUUGAAAUAGAUGCCCAAGUGGAUAUUGAGUGCCAUGAAGUUUAUCCGAUGUAUCGACCAUCAUUGCGGGAAGCACUUCCAGAUUUUGAAUUGCACUUCAAAAGGAUGAUCUUUGUCAAGAUCACAUUUGUUCUCAAGGCCAUAAAUUUACAGACAGUGAGACAUCGAGAGCUGCCAGACUGCUACGACUUUACUGUUAUUAUCACUUUCGACAACGAAGCUCACAGCGGCAGGAUAAAGGUUGACCUGGAAACUGAUGUAGACAUCAAUGAGUGCAGAGACUGGAAAGUAACUGGAGCAACUCCUAGAAACAUAUACCUGACUGUGCUUUUUGACUGCCUCAUCAUUAUAACGUGCAUCAUCUCCUUCACACUCUGCACGCGCUCAGUGAUCAAUGGGAUUCAACUGCAAUCUGAGUACACACUAUACUGCAAGAACAAUUGUGGAAAAGAAGUCUCAUGGUCAGACAAGUUGGAGUUUUUGAAUGGUUGGUAUAUCCUGAUCAUCCUUAGCGACACAUUGACCAUCAUUGGCUCCAUUCUCAAGAUAGAGAUCCAGACUAAGGUCCUCACAAGUUAUGAUGUCUGCAGCAUCUUCCUUGGGACCGGGACCAUGUUUGUCUGGAUUGGGGUCAUCCGCUACAUGGGCUACUUUAGGAAGUAUAAUAUUCUCAUCCUGACACUGAGGGCAGCUUUCCCAAAUGUUAUCCGUUUCAUCUGGUGUGCUGGAAUUAUCUACCUGAGUUACUGUUUAUGUGGCUGGAUUGUCCUUGGCCCGUAUCAUGAGAAGUUCCGGACCUUGAACACGGUGUCAGAGUGUCUGUUCUCCCUGAUCAACGGAGACGACAUGUUUACCACCUUUAAGGACAUGAAGCAGAAGAGUAGCCUGGUGUGGAUCUUCAGCAGGGUCUACCUCUAUACCUUUGUCUCGCUCUUCAUCUACAUGAUCCUCAGCCUUUUCAUCACAAUCAUCACAGACACCUAUGACACCAUCAAGCAGCAGCAGCAGAGUGGAACCCCGACAUCGGAGCUGCAAAAAUUCAUGUCGGUGUGUCAAGAUCUGCCAAACUCUGGGAUGUACAGACUUGACGAGAACAAGAGCUGCUUCUUGAACUGCUGCAUCACCAGGUGCAGGAAACUUCGUGAGGGGCAGACUUCAGAGGCAUAGCAGGCCAUUAAUGUGAGGAUAUUGAAAAAGCUUAACUGUACAACCAUCUAUAACCUAACAAUUAAUAUGCACUUUACACUUUUACAUUUAUUCAGUGGGACAGUCUUGAAAAUCCCCUUUAACAUUAUACUCCAGGUUUGCUCAGGUGAUUGAUUGAAUGUGAAGGGGCAGGUUUUCAGUGCUGAACAGAUCAAACAUGAAGGUUAGAAACACUGAUGCAGAGAGCACUUUGUAAAUACACUUAUUUAUAUUGAUGUGUAGAUGCAAAAAAGAAAGAAAGAUUGACACUGAAAUUUGAAUUAUAUUGUUUUUACAAAGCAUGUCAUUUGAAAGGAUCCCCAUGUCGUACACUAAAGAUAAUGAAUCAAGGUUAAAUAAAUAAUUUGGGAUGUAAA